AUGAUCAAGUUCUUCGGGAAGGUGUCGCAACAAGGAAUUGGCCAGGGCAUGGUUCAGGAAGAAGAAGAAGAAGAAGAAGAAGAUGUCAGCUUUGCAGAAUGCAUUCAGUAUUGCUACAGUAACGAGUAUGGGGGCUAUUGCAUCGCCGUUUAUAUGGGUACAGAUCAGCAGUGCAGAUACUUCUAUGAAAACUAUGGAAAAUUUUUUAUUGUUGAAGAAACGACGGCGGCAGAUGGAGAAGUUGUGGCAUUCAAGGCCGAUCUCGAUGAUGAUUUUUGUCCGGUGUUAUAUAAGGAGUUAUCGAGCGAUAUGAAUACUGGAUUUUCCUUUAUGACAAAAAUUGAAAACGGAUGGAACAUUACUAGGUGA